AGGAGAUAUAGAUUUCAAACUCAUCUUUAAAAAUUAUCACUCUUAACUAGUCACAUUACAUCCUUUUCUUUUAUGAUGAUGACCGUCAUGAUUUCAAUAAUACCAAUCAUUUUGAUUCACACUUUAUUUUAUGUUGGAUUUUCUGAUGACAUGCCACUUACCACUACACUUCCACAAUCACCAACAUCACCUCUCCCACAUUUUCACUUGUACAAUCAAAAUUCCAAUUCAUAUCCUUCAUCUACACCUCUAGAGGAAAGUAAGAGAAGAUCUCCACCACCUAGGAGAAGAUCUCCACCACCACCACCGAGAAGAUCUCCACCACCACCUCCUAGGAGAAGUUCUCCUCCACCACCACCACCUAGGAUAAGAUCUCCACCACCUCCUCGUCCACCACCACCACCACCACCACCUCUUUUAUUCGACCAUUUUAAACUGUCUCAGACAUGGCCACCAACAUACUGCAAGCUUAAAAAUAAUGAUUGUGUUUCUCCAUUGCCACAAAAAUUUACUAUCCAUGGGUUAUGGCCAAGUAAAGAAGGUGUUGAGAUACGAGAUUGCAACAAAGAUGGCAUAAAUGUGAACGAUUUUGUUCCUAUAAAGACAAGACUCAAUGAAAAUUGGCCGGCGUUAUUUAAAAAGGAUCAUCAAGAAGAUGCUAACAUUCAAUUAUGGGUUAAUCAAUGGUAUGCUCACGGAACUUGUUCAGAUCAAUUGUUCAAGUUUAUUUCUUACUUUGAAGAAACAUUAAACGUUUAUGAUAGACAUAUUAUAUUAGAUAUCCUUGAAAAGAAUGGUACAAAACCAGGUGGAACAUAUCCUAAACAAAAUAUUCUCAAUGCAAUUCAGACACAUACUCUAUUUAGGCCACAAAUUCGAUGUGAGCGGAUUGAUAAUUUGGAUUAUUUAUAUGAAAUAAGACUUUGUUUGACACCUACUCUAAAACUAGAGUAUAAAGAUUGUGAAAUUCCUUAUAGUGGUUGUCGCGAUACAGAAGUGUAUUUCUAAUAAGUUAUAAUGUUAUUGAUGGACAUUUGAUCUUGGUGCUUUGGAAGUUUGGAGGCAGCCAAAGGUUCGUGGGAGUAUGAUGUUUAUCCUUAAUUUUAGUUUCCUAUUAUUCAGUUUUUUCGCUUUUCUUUUGUACUUUUUUGUUAUGUUGGGUGUUGUUUUAGUUCUAAAUACCUUGUUUACUAUAAUUGUGUCUCUAUUGUCUUGUUUGUACUCUUUCUAUUUUCCUCUUUCAUAUGUAUUGUUUGUACUCUUUCUAUUUUCCUCUUUCAUAUGUAUUGUUUGUACUCUUUCUAUUUCCCUCUUUCACAUUUUGUGUUAGAAGGAAUUUAUAUGAAUAAAAUGUGAUGUUUGUUAAAAA